AAAAGAAUGUUCCUUCCCAAUGACACCCAAUUCCACCUUGUCUCCUUCUUGUUGCUGGGGAUCCCAGGAAUGGAAACACUGCAUGUCUGGAUUGGCUUUCCCUUUUGUGCUGUGUACAUUAUUGCACUCAUAGGGAACUUCACUAUUCUGCUGGUGAUCCAGGUUGAGAGCAGCCUACACCAGCCCAUGUUUUACUUCCUGGCCAUGUUGGCUACUAUUGAUCUGGGUCUGUCCACAGCCACCAUUCCCAAGAUGCUUGGAAUCUUCUGGUUCAACCUCAGAGAGAUCAUCUUUGAAGCCUGCCUCGUGCAGAUGUUUUUCAUUCACAGCUUCACACUUAUGGAGUCAGCAGUCCUCUUGGCAAUGGCUUAUGACCGCCAUGUGGCCAUCUGUGACCCACUUCGAUAUAGCACCAUCCUCACCAACAAGGUUGUUUCUGUGAUUGGUGUUGGUGUGUUGGUGAGGGCAUUUAUUUUUGUGAUUCCAUUUGUAUAUCUUAUUUUGCGACUGCCCUUCUGUGGGAAUCAUGGCAUUCCCCAUACCUACUGUGAACACAUGGGUCUGGCUCGCCUGUCUUGUGCCAGCAUCAAGAUCAAUAGUAUUUAUGGCUUAUGUGCAAUUUGUAAUCUAGUAUUUGACAUCAUAGCCAUUGUCCUUUCUUAUGUUCAGAUACUCCGUGCUGUUUUCUGUCUUCCUUCCCGCGAAGCCCGACUCAAGUCCCUCAGCACAUGUGGUUCUCAUGUUUGUGUAAUUCUUGCCUUCUAUACACCAGCCCUCUUUUCCUUUAUGACACAUCGCUUUGGCCAUAACGUCCCCCGCUAUAUCCACAUACUCCUGGCCAAUCUUUAUGUCAUAGUGCCACCAAUGCUCAAUCCCGUCAUAUAUGGCAUCAGAACCAAACAGAUUUAUGACCGUGUGAAGAAAAUAAUAUUAAAGAAACACACAAAGGAAAAAGAAUGA